AUUACUUGUACACCUGACAAGAAUGGCAUCGGAAAGUGAGUGGACAAUACUGAAAUGCGAUUUCUCGAGGUUCUUGAUAUGUUUAUUCACUGAACGAUGGUCCAGACAACAAACGGAAAGCUUCGGAGGAAGCCCUUUCCCCAGAUUCACAGCAACAGAGCAAGAAAGCGCGCACAGAUUCCCCGGAAAGGGAAUCCAAGUCUGAAGGUGGACCACUAGGAAAGCCAUCAUUGAGGAUCGUUCCUUUCCCGGAGAAGGUAAGCCGCCUUGUUUACUCACUUAUGUGAACAAUGCUUAUCAUGGACCUUUGACAGCCAGCCGUACUAGAAGAACGU